CUUACGUAAUAUUCUCGCGUCAAUUGUAAACAACAGCUGCUCUCUAAAUUAGUUUACAUGCAGAUUCCUCGUAUACGCCUGUGUUGUUCUCAAAAUGAUAAAACCUCUAUCAUUAUUUAUUUUUAAUUUAAGUAAAUCUAAUAUUGCAGCACAAUUUAAAUUUGCGAGCUCAGCGUUACCCCAAUUUUCAUCCGAAAAGUAUGGCGUUAAGCGAAAAAGUUUUGGAGUUAUACAACCUUCGGAUAUCGACUACUUUAAAACUAUUUUGAGCGAAGAACGGGUAGUGACCGAUGAGAGCGAUGUUCUUCCGUUUAAUAUCGACUGGAUUAAAAAUUGCAGAGGACAAUCUAAAGUUGUUUUAAAACCGAAGACAACUGAGGAAGUAUCUAAAAUCCUGUCGUAUUGUAACAGCAAACGGCUAGCCGUGUGUCCCCAAGGAGGCAACACUGGCUUGGUCGGAGGGUCGGUCCCGGUAUUCGACGAAAUCGUGCUCAACUUUAACUUGAUGAACAAUAUCAUCAGCUUGGACGAAAUAUCAGGUGCCCUAGUUUGUGAAUCAGGAUGUGUAUUGGAGAACCUUGACAAUUACGUCCGCGACCAUAACCUCAUCAUGCCCUUGGAUCUCGGGGCAAAGGGAUCUUGCCAUAUCGGUGGUAACAUCAGCACAAAUGCGGGAGGGCUCAGGCUUCUUCGCUAUGGAAACUUACACGGAUCUGUGUUAGGAUUGGAAGCUGUUAAAGCAGACGGGACAAUUUUAGACUGUCUUCGAACAUUAAAGAAAGACAACACUGGAUACCACCUGAAGCAUUUAUUUAUAGGUUCCGAAGGAACAUUGGGUGUAGUUACUAAAGUUGCCAUACACUGUCCAGCCUUACCGAAAGCUGUGUCUCUUGGAUUCUUUGGAGUUAAAAAUUUUGAAAAUAUUCUCGAGCUGUAUAAAAGAGCAAAGUCAUCUUUGGGCGAAAUACUAUCAGCAUUUGAAAUGGCAGACAACGAGUCAAUUUCCUCAACUGUGAAAAACCUUAAGCUUUCGAAUCCUAUAUCUGACUAUCCGUUCUACGUGCUGGUGGAGACGCACGGCAGCGAUGAAGUGCAUGAUAGUGAGAAACUGUCGCGAUUCUUAUCCGAAGGCAUGGACAGCGGACUCAUAUUAGACGGGACCGUCACUUCGGAACCAGCCAAGAUGAAAAAUAUUUGGAACAUCAGGGAAAGCAUAGCCGGCGCAGGAUUGCUAGAGGGCUACACUUUUAAGUACGACGUGUCGAUACCGCUUCGUAACUACUACGAAUUAGUGGAACUGUUACGCAAAAGACUGCGGGAUCAUACCGCUAAGGUUUAUGGAUAUGGACAUGUUGGUGAUGGCAACAUUCACAUAAACGUUAUCGUGCCGGAAUACACGAAACAAUUAUACUCAAUAUUAGAACCAUAUAUCUUUGAAGAAGUCGCGAAGUUCAGGGGUUCCAUCAGCGCAGAACAUGGCGUGGGUUUCAGAAAACCUCAGUUCAUACAUUACAGCAAAGAUGAGUCAGCUUUACAGCUUAUGAGAGAUAUGAAGAAAUCUAUGGACCCGAAUGGAAUUCUUAAUCCCUAUAAAGUGUUGCCAGAUGUACCUAAUAUUUAGUAUCAAUAUGUUUAAGCUUAAUCAUAGAUAAUGUGGUUAAAAACCGCAUAAAGAUUUGUUAUAUUUUUUGUAAAAACUUAGAAAUAACCACUCAACUGGAACCUGUGGAGUGAGUUACUUCUAAGUAUUAGGGUCUUGUUAUAUAGCUACUACGUGCAACUGGUAUGUUAAAAUAAAACCAUAAUAUAUU